AUGGUCGAGGGCAACAGCCAAGUGGUGGCAUAUGAUCAACGACCAGCUUAUCGCACAGCAGUGGUUGUUUUAUGCACUCUCUACGCAUCCCUGCUAGCAUUAGCUCAGGGCUAUCGAGCAGGCCGAAGUACCGGCAAGACAACAAGUAAAGCCACAGAAGCAUUAGUCAUUGCGCAAGGGAUUACUUGCAUGGCUUUCAUCUUUUCAGUGGGCAUCAACAUUGCAGGACUUGGACUCGCGACGGAUGCUCAGUGUUAUGCCGUUAUACGAGUGUGCAUUGCAUUGUACAUGGCGGCCAAGAUCUUCCUAACGCUAUUCCUCCUUGAACGCGUUCGCGUUGUGCGCUCACCGUUCAUCGAACGGAAACGCGACCCAAUCUGGAUCGGAGGCACUAUCGCGACUGUUUGCAGUUACCUCGGUGUCACUGCAUUCGAAUUCAUCCAACCAGAAUCGGAACUCUCACGAACCGACGGUCUCUGCCGUAUCGGCAUCCAGCCAAAUGCAGCAAUUGGGGUGAUUGUGCUAGACACUGUCUUCAAUGUGGUGUUGACUAUCAUUUUUAUCCAGCAACUUCGACCAGCGGCAUCGCAGAUCACCGUCGAUAAGCCGUCUUUUGAGCUUGGAAGAAAAUGGCCUGAGAGCUUCCGGGAGGACGUCAGCUGA